AUGAAGCAGUCCACUUCUCCUGCUGACUCUUCUGCUCUCCUACCUUCAGUCUCUGCACUCUCUACCUCUCUGACCCUGGCUACCGUCUCUCCUCUCUCUCGCUGCUCUACCUGGACGCCUCUCGCAGCUACCUCACUCUCCUCCUGGACGUCCUGUGACCUGCCCUUACCCUUACUCUCUUCUCUCUCAGAACGGCACUCUGACCCCCUCUGCAUAUCGCCAGACCCUGCUCCUGACUCCCCUACCUCCUGCUGCUCCUUCAUAACCUGCCUCUCACUCUCUAACCUCUCUCCUUCUCUCUCUCUUCUCUACCUAAGGCUCCUCUCUCCUCCCGCUUACCAGCAGGAUCCCUCUCCCUCUCGCUCUCUCUCUGGCUUCUCUUCUCCUCCUCUUCACCUCUCUCUACUCUCUGCUCCCCCACUCUCUGCCUCCUCUGCUCUCCUCAGACCUACCUCUUACCUGACCUCAUACUGCUACUCUACCUCUUCUGCUUAUACCUCACCUCGCCUCCAUCUCUGA